CUCGGCUAUUUCCCUCUUUCCGUCCCAUCUCCUUUCAUCCCAACUUCUUCAUGAAACAAGGGUUCUCGGGUAAACUUCGCCGCACCACAGUAGCGAGCGUAGAUAUCUCGACGCAUGCGAGCCUUCUCCAUCUCUUCUUCUUUAGAACCGCGAAAGACGAGCCUCUUCGCCCUCUGCGCCACAAUGACUCGCGCCAACAAACCACACACCAGUGAUCCGCCUAGGGGCGAGAAGGCGAAGCGGCACCGCCGCCACCCAAAGGUCUCCGCCGCGCCCCCACCACGCCGCGCCGCGCCCGCCGCCAAGGCGAAGAAGGAGGAGAAGGAGAGGGUGGUGUCCCCCCGGCGUGCCUUUGCUGCGGCCGCCGCAAAGAGGGCUGCCGAGAAAGCUAAGAAGAAAGCCGCUCGCGCCGACAAGGCCUACGACGGCGACGUGGAGGACGUCCUGCCGCGCGAACGUUAGUCUACCUUCCAUCCCUUUUCUGGUGCUCCCUAUGCCAGCACGUUUCGAUGAUGUCAUUGAGCCAUGUCUCAUAGCUUUGAGAGACUGCGUAGCAUAUCAAAAAGUUGAAACAGCAAUG